AUGUCUUCUGCUGCACAAUAUGUACCUUUACCCCAGAGCGCCGGCUACGCCGUAGUGGUUGGCUUGGGAGCAGUGUUUGCUUUUGGUAUGAUGCUUACAACUUACGUGUUAAGGAGAUAUAACAGAGAAAUCAUGACUGCCGAAGAAUUCGCUACCGCAGGAAGAUCAGUCAAAACAGGUUUAAUCAGUGCUGCUGUGGUGUCUUCAUGGACAUGGGCUGCGACGUUGUUGACGUCCACCACUCAGGUGUAUAAUAACGGUGUCUCAGGUGCAUACUAUUAUGCUGCUGGUGCGUGCUGUCAAAUUAUUUUAUUUUCAUGCUUGGCCAUUAAAGGUAAGGAAAGAGCACCGGCUGCUCACUCAUACCUCGAAAUCGUGAAGGCAAGAUACGGCAAGCAGACUCACUCCGUUUAUGUUUUCUGGGGGUUCUGCACCAACAUUCUUGUCACCAGUAUGCUUUUGACCGGUGGUUCUGCAGUGGUGCAUGAUUUGACAGGUAUGAACACAGUUGCAGCAUGUCUUCUCUUGCCAUUAGGAGUGGUUGUGUAUACUCUUUUCGGGGGUAUUAAGGCCACUUUCUUGACUGAUUACGUUCACACUGUGGUUAUUGUCAUUAUCAUCCUUGUGUUUGCCUUCAGUGCUUUCGCAACCUCUGACAGAUUGGGAUCUCCAGAGGUAGUUUGGGAUAUCAUCACGAAAUUGGCAGACACCAAGCCAAGAGAAGGUAACGCAGGUGGCUCUUACUUGACCAUGCACUCAAGAUCCGGUGGUAUUUUCUUCGUUAUCAACCUUGUGGGUAACUUCGGAACCGUGUUCUUGGACAAUGGUUAUUUCAACAAGGCCUUUGCAGCAGACCCAGCUGCUGCCAUGCCUGGUUACGUCUUGGGUGGAUUGGCAUGGUUCGCCAUUCCAAUGCUUACUGCCACCACCAUGGGUUUGACUGCAUUGGCUUUGGAGAACACCUCCUACUGGCCCACAUACCCAUUGAAGAUGAGCUCUGCUGAAGUCAAUGCUGGAUUGGUCUUGCCAAAUGCUGCUGUCGCCUUGUUGGGUAAGGGUGGUGCAGCUUGCUCUUUGUUGUUGGUUUUCAUGGCUGUCACCUCUGCUAUGUCUGCCGAAUUGAUCGCUGUUUCAACUAUUUUCACCUACGAUAUCUUCAGAACAUACAUUGAUCCAAAAGCCAGUGGUAAGAAGUUGAUGAUUAUGUCCCACUGUUCCGUUAUUGUCUACGCAUAUGUUAUGGCCGGUUUCGCUAUCGGAUUGUACUACGCUGGUGUCUCGAUGGGAUACUUGUAUGAAAUGAUGGGUGUCAUUAUUGGAGGUGCUGUCUUGCCUUCUGCUUUGACUUUGUUAUCCAAGAGACAAAGUGUUCAGGCUGCAACUUGGACUCCACCAAUUGCCACUGGUUUGGCAAUUAUGUCCUGGUUGAUCUGUACCAAGAAGAAGUUUGGAACAGUUAACGUGGACACCACUUUUGAAGAUGACGCCAUGUUGACUGGUAAUGUUGUUGCCUUAUUGUCUCCAUUGAUCAUUAUCCCUAUCUUGACUUUCUCAUUCAAGCCACAAAUCUUUGACUGGGAACUCUUGAAGACCCGUAUCACUCGUGUCGAUGAAGAUGAAGAAAUCCUUGAUGCUACUGGCAAUGAGUUUGGAUUCCACCAAGAUGAAGAAGCAUCUGAAACUAAUGAAAAGAUUCAUCCAGUGAAAUCUCAGAUUUCUAUGAUUGCUAGUGAUUUAGCUGAGUUACACAAGGAUAGACUCGACGAGGAGACUAAGAUGCUUGCCCGGUCUUUCAAGAUUGUGGUCGCAGUGUGUGUUGUCCUUACACUUUGUCUCAUUAUUCUCUGGCCUAUGCCAAUGUACGGUACCUCCUACAUCUUUUCCAAGAAGUUUUUCACCGGAUGGAUUGUUGUGUUGUUCAUUUGGAUCUUCUUCACAUUGUUCAUGGUUGUGAUAUACCCUGUCUGGGAGGGAAGAGAAGGUUUGAGAGACACUUUCAGAGGAAUUUACUGGGAUUUGUCGGGCCAAUCCCAUAAACUUAGAGAAUGGCAGAAUGCCAACCCUGAGAGAAUGCAUGCUGUGAGAUCCCAGGUGGGUGCACAAUUAUUGGCAGCUUCUCAAUCGAAAGCCCAAGUUCUUGAAGGAAAAACCCUUAAUGAUGGAUAUACCAGUCCCGCCGGGGAGAUUUCAAGAGAUUUGGCAGAUGUCAAAGAAAAGUAA